AUGUCGAUCGAGUUGGUUAGAAGAGCAAACGACAUGGAUGUAGACACCGCGGCCCAAUGUUUAAUUGCCAUGUCCAACUCUGGAUGUACCAAAAAGGCCGGCCUGGAGGCAUCAUCGUACGAUAAAGCUAGACAUGAAUCCUCAGACUUAGUUGUUGCCGAUUUUCUUGCCAAUUUGAAAGAAGGCCGGGAAAAGAUUCAGAAAUCUUCAGAAGACGGAGAAAGCCCUUGGCUCACUCCUCCUAGAAGCCGUACUGCUUCCCCAACAGAAAUGGACGAUACCAACGAGACAACGGAACAAUUUUUUAGCCUUGAUGUUUUGGAAGAAAACAAUAAAAGCCGCUCGAAAGUAAAAAGCUCCUCGCAUGUGAAAGCGCCUGCCAAAUCAAACAAUGGCAGGAAACGGGCCGUUGCCUUGAAACAAAGUGACUAUGAAAACACUGGCGAUGUCAGGCUGGCAUGGAAGAAGAAAAUGCAUAUUUGCUGGUACAAGGAUUGUGCCAAAGUUUACGGGAAAAGCUCGCAUUUGAAAGCACAUCUCCGAACUCACACAGGUGAGCGUCCCUUUCACUGUAAUUGGACGGACUGCGGUAAGAAAUUCGCGCGGUCAGACGAACUUGCACGACAUUACCGCACUCAUACGGGAGAAAAAAGAUACGCGUGCCCAAUUUGUGACAAGCGCUUCAUGCGAAGUGACCAUCUCACCAAACACGCGAAAAGGCACCCAAAUUAUGAUCCGGUGACACGAGGAAUAAAGGCCCCGAAAUGA